AUUUAGAUUGUCAUUUCAGAUUAUGUCCAUUUUUCUAUACUCAAAUUCUAGAUAUUCAAAAUAAGACAGCUUUCCAUAAUGAAAUUCUGAUUGAGUAAUUCAAUUUUAUCCCAGAAUAUUAUUUGAUGAAAACGAAAUCUAAAAAAUCUCUGUAACCUUUUCAGCCGUGAUCUGAGAUUGAAAUCCAGUUAAUAAUUGCCACAAUAAUCGAUAUGAAUCCGUCAAUGCAGAAUGUUAUUGCCGAUAGUGAACCUAAUCCGAAUCGAAAAAUGACAAAAUGUCAGUGUUUGCCAAAAAGAUUCAUAUUGGUUAUAAUGGGAUUUUUCGGUUAUAAUUUACUCUAUAUGCUUCGUGUGAAUCUAUCCGUUGCAAUCGUAUCUAUGGUAGAUCAUAAUCAUAACCAGUCAAAUCAAACCUGGAUGAUAAUGAAUAAUAAUGGAUCUAAUAACAUGACCAUUACAAACGGGAUUAUUGAAAAGGAUAAAUUUGAUUGGAAUGAAAACAUUCAGGCAUUGAUUCUCAGUAGUUUUUUUGCCGGUUAUGUUAUAACACAAUUUCCCGGGGGAAGAUUAGCUGAUUUAUUUGGUUCAAAAUGGCUUUUCGGUCUAGGCAUUAUGGCCACAUCAAUAUUGACUAUAAUUAGUCCGUUUGCAGCUCGAAUACAUUAUUCUGUAUUUAUUGGUUGUCGUGUAUUGGAAGGAUUAUUCGAAGGACUAGCAUAUCCUAGUAUGCAUUCAAUGUUUGCAAAAUGGAUUCCAUUGUAUGAACGUAGUCGAAUGUCAACAUUUAUGUAUUCUGGAUCACAAAUAGGAACCGUAUUAACAAUGCCUAUUGCGGCACUCUUAUGUGAUUCAGAAUUUUUCGGUGGUUGGCCAUCAGUAUUCUAUGUAUUUGGAUCUAUUGGAUUAAUUUGGUGCGCAAUCUGGUUCAUAGUGGUUCAUGAGACUCCGGAAAUUCAUCCGACCAUUCAACGUAAAGAAUUAGAAAUGAUCAUUGCCAACCGGAAUAAUGACCUGACAAAAAAAAAACCGAAAAUGCCAUGGCGAUCAAUUAUUACAUCGGUCCCAUUAUGGGCAUUGGUUAUAGCACAUUUCGGACAAAAUUGGGGAUUCUAUACAUUUUUAACACAAUUGCCGCGUUAUUUUCAAAAUGUUUUACAUUUUGAUAUUAAAAAAAACGGACUAUAUUCAUCAUUGCCAUAUUUAUGUCAAGCAAUUGUUGGUUGUAUGGCUGGAUAUAUUUGUGAUAAACUUUAUGCUAGCCAAUUUUUCCGGUUGGGAACAUUAAGAAAAACGGCCAAUACAAUAGCAUUCCUUGGGCCAACCAUUUGUUUAUUGUUAUUGAUACAAAUUGGUAAUAAUGAUCCCAAAUGGUCUAUCAUAUUAUUCACAAUAGCAUUGGGAUGCAAUGGAAUGUUUCUGGCUGGUUAUCAUGUUACACAUUUAGAUAUGUCACCAACAUAUGCUAGCACAUUGAUGGGAAUCACGAAUUGUUUGGCAAACCUGGCCGGAAUAUUUGCACCAUACGUUGUUGGAAUCAUAUUAACCAAUGUUCAAAUCGAAAAGCAAAACAACAACAACAACAACAAUCAUCAUUAUCAUCGAACGAUGGAUGGAAUCAAGUAUUCUAUGUAUCAUGUAUUAUUUAUAUAUUAUCGGCUCUCAUAUUCGUGCUAUUUGGCUCUAAUGAAAGACAAACCUGGGACAAUUGCAUACCUGAUGAUGAUGAUGAUGAUGAUGAUGAUAUUUGAGUAUGUUGUCCGUAAAGAUGAUGCACACAUUCUGUAAUUCAUUUAUAUAUGUUACUCAUAAAAAAAAUACUACCAAAGCUUAUCAUUAUCAACAUAGAAAGCAUAAUAUUA